AUGAGCCUACUACAGAACCACCUGGAGCAGAUCUCUCUCUCCGCAGCUGCAAUAGCUGACUUGUCCUUUCCCCCUCCAAAAUCAUUUGUGAAUGCGCUUCUCCAACCCCACGAUAUCACCACCCUUAUCCGAGACACAGAAGCCCACGAAAGAGCUCUUUUCUCAGUCGACAAUGCCGCCACUAAAUCUCAAAGAAGAGCGACUCGCCGAGGUACGAUGUUCGUGGCAGAAACUGAGAAGGAGUCUAUGAUCAGUCGCAUAUAUGCGGUGAGAGAUCGUACGAACCAGUCUGCUGUUGCGCGGGUUUUGGGCGGGGAUAUGAUGGAUGCAAUCAAGCGGUCGACGGCCGCGGCAUCUGACAGGACUACAAGGGGCGGAUUGGACAUUGAAGUUUUACUACGAGGAGCUGAUAUGCUUUGCAACGUAUAUCCAGUGGCUGGAGCCAAGGAGAAGAUUGCUACCAUACGGUCUCGCCAUCGUGAGAUUACAGAUUCCCUUGUGCAUCUUGAAAAACGUGUUGCCGAUCAGGCUGCAGAGCUGGAACAGAUGAAUCACUCGCAAUAUAACGACGGUGACUACCCAUAUCGGACAGAGAAUCCUGACGCAGCAGGGACUGAAGCUGUGGAAGUCACAGACGAAGAUAUUGAGCAGGAAUUGGAAGCCAUUCGUGAGCUAGAGAUGAAAAAGCGACGCCUGGAAGUUCGAGUUACUGGGAUGGAGAAGGAUUUGGGAGGGCUACUACGAUGA